UCUGCUCCUUAAUUUAUCCAUUCAAGGUCGUCGUUGCUUUGAAAACACUCCAUCUUCUCUCUGAUCUCUCUCUCGUAAGUUGUUUGUCAGCUCCUCGCCUCUUGCUCCAGUCUCCAUCUUCUCUGUGAUUAAUUGUUUGAUAGGGUUACAAUGAGGAAACCCUGUUGUGAGAAGGAAGGGAAAAACAAAGGAGCAUGGUCCAAGCAAGAAGACCAGAAGCUCAUUGAUUACAUCCGCAAACAUGGAGAAGGUUGCUGGCGCUCGCUUCCUGAUGCUGCAGGCUUGCUUCGUUGUGGUAAAAGUUGUCGAUUAAGAUGGGUAAAUUAUCUAAGGCCAGACCUUAAACGAGGCAACUUUGGAGAAGAUGAAGAGGACCUUAUCAUCAAGCUCCAUGCACUCCUUGGAAACAGGUGGUCGUUGAUAGCUGGAAGAUUGCCGGGCCGUACAGACAAUGAAGUGAAGAAUCACUGGAACACUCAUCUUAAAAGAAGACUGGCUCAGAUGGGCACUGAUCCCGACAACCAUCGCUUGGGUCUACGUCGUGUCACCCGUCCUAGCAAGCUGUUGUUCGUGUCGAAUAACCAUACAUACAAUAAAGAAGUGAACUCUCAAGCAGAUGAAAUUCCAGUACUCUUGAAUUCUGCUACCGACACAGAGAUCAUCAGCAACAGUACCAACAUUAGUAUGAUUAGCAGCGUACCCGACCUGAAUCUUGAUCUUACCAUUGGCCUUCCAUUUAUGGAGUCGAUGAAUCAAAUUUGUACAUGAUGAACAUUGUCCCCCUUUAAUUUUAACUUAGAGAAGAAGGAAUGUGGCGGACGACAGUACAUUAUUUUUACAUGUGGUAAAUUGCUGAUCAGGACAGAAACCACUGAAAGUUUUUGUUUGUCUCAAUGUGAAAGAGUUAUAAUUUCUUUCUGCAAA